CUCUGCUGGAGGAACGACCCUGAUGUUGUCGUAAAUUGUCUCAUUCUUUCUUGCCUUGAAGUGGUUGCUGGUUGGAAAGGUGGGAAACUAUCGGUUUAAGCAAGAACGAUAACCUGCUCAAGUGGAGAAGAUUCUGUGUGCGCAAUGACAGUGAGUUUGCUUCUAGGGUAGUACUACUGACAGCAAGAAAGAACAGCAAGAAAGAAACACAUCUUCUCUUCCUUGCCUGUACACGCGGUCAUGUCGUCUUCCUCCAGCGGUUUUUCGUUUUGCUCGACGACCGCUUCUUCAUCCAGAAGCAGAAGCAGAGGCCGUACUCGUUGCAAUGAUCUCAACAUUUGCCAGGCGCGCGUUAUUUACGCCUCCGACAACAGGCGUGCUCCCGCGAGAAGGAAAAUUAAAACCGCACAUGCACUGCAAACCGCGUUACUUUACCUUUCCGCGAGCAGUGGCAGCGCAGCGCCAUCGUCCACGACGAGCCCACCGGCCGACGCUGCAUCAGCUUCAACGACGAGCUCGACCAAGACCAAGUCCCCUUCCCCAUCCACCGCUAGCCGUGAGCCGAUCCUUUCCGAAGAGGACGAGGAGCAAGAUGACGUUGAAAUUGACCGUCCAACCGCCCCCUCGCACCAGUUCCAGAUAUCAAAUGUAAAAAUAUCUGGAUCUGGAUGAAGAAUCCGAAAUUUGUUAUGCUGUUUUUGCAUGACACAGAAUGUCUGUCAUGGAAGCCCUAGCAUCACAGAUUUUUAGAGGCCUUCCUGAUGCCUAUUCCGCAUGACGAAUACCCUCCACGCGUAGCACAAACCGGACUCCUCUUGCUGGUCAUGCAAUACAAAAUUUUUUAGAGUCCAAAGUUAGCAUCACAAGUUCCGACCUUCCAGACCCAGACACUUUUGCAAUCCAUACCAGAAGCUGUUGCACAACUAUUGCAACGAGGAGAAGGACUGGGGCGCGAUCCCGGAUGCAGAGUUCACGUAUGAAAUGCAAAAAUGUCUGGGUCUGGAAACUUGUGAUGCUAAAAUGUGCAUGAUGAAAACACUUCCGAACGCUUUCUCAUAGGCAAUCCGCAUGAGAAACUGCGUUUUUGCAUGACAAAAGAGACUGCGACUUUUGUUGGUUAUGCAAUGCAGAUUUUCUAGGUAUGGAAAGCUAGCAUUACAAGUCCCAACCUUCCAGACCCAGACAUUUUUACAAUCCAUAUCACGAAAAAGGUGACGAAAGUGGUCAGCUUCAUCCGGCACGGCGCGCGGAUCAUGUGCUCCGGCGACCAGCACUCCAAAAACGGGCGGUGCUGGGAAAACGAUCAGGUGCAGUACGAAUGCGACACACCGAAGGAAAAUAACCAGCUGCACCAGCCCCCGGUUUUUUUUCCCGCGACGAAGAACGAAGCGGUGGAAGCGCACCGCGGGAACACGGUGCCCAACAACUGGCAGGGGACCUGCGGGUUGGGCGAGAUGACGCCGGACGGAUACGCCAUGCACCGCAACAACGCCGACCGGUUUUUCGAGGCCUAUCCGAAAGUUUUCAAACGCUCCGCCUGCAAGCAACUCGAGGAGGACUCCGGUUUGCUCCCAACCAUCUGGGCCAAGAUGAAGGAAGCGUUCGAAGGGGGCGAAGAAGAGGACAGUCGAAACUUUCAGAAUCAGGCUGAUAGCGACGAUGCAGAUGAUGAACAAGCAGAGCGGCCUGCGAGAAAUAAAGUAGGUCGACAGCAAACGAGGAAGGCCAAAAAAGCACAGACGCUGGCGCAGAAGUGCGAACGCGAAAAGGAGGCCGGGGGCGCCAAGGCCUGGUACCUCCGAUCCGACAUCGACGCGUCGCUGCGAACCAUGCGCAGCGCGGAAACGCUGGCCGCACGGUUGCUGGAGAACAUGGGGAUCAAGCACUCCAAGUUCGAAGUCGAGACGGACGAUCCGUUUUACAGUAUCCUGUGCAAAAGCAUCGUACUCGUACUGCUCUUUGCAAAUAUGCAUGGCAAAUAUUUCUCCUAAGGCAAACAGCAUUACAAAUUCCCCUUUCCUUCUUGCCAAAAUUUGUCAUGCAAUUUAUACUAGUGCGAUACAAUACUUUUGCAAUGCAUAUACAGCACGAUCCAACCGAAUUCCCGGUUCUGCCCGAAAAUGGCGGAGCUCGACGCCGCGUACUGGGAACAGCCCGAGCAGUAUCGCAAGAAAAAAGUGCUACAGUUACACAUUGCGUUGCAGGCCAAGCAAAACAGACAAGCUCUGUCAUGCCGGAUAUGCAUAGGAGCCUCGUUUCAUAGGUGUUUUCCCGUAGGAUUUCUGCAUUACAAGUUUUCUCUCUCAUGCGAAGAAAUUUGUGUUGCUGAAUUCACUACAAAUGUGUAACUGUGUACACUUUUUUCGUGGGAUAAGCAGAAGGAGGCGCAGCAGAAGUGGGACGCAGAUGUGCGCGACGAGCUGGUAAAGGAGCUAAACAGCACAACAGUGCAGGGGCGCCCGCUGGGCCUGGAUCACAAUUACAGCUUAUUUUCGGUAUAAAUUUUGUGCGACGAUGAACUUUAAUUUGCGAUUAUUUUCCACGGUUUUAGGUGCUGUGUGUAAGCAGAUUGACCCUUCGUGAAGAACUUGUGGUUUACUUCCGGCUCGUCGUUUCUCGUUCUCCUCCUCGGCAGCACAAUUUAUAGUACAACCCCCUUUAUUCCCUGCAAUAAAAUUUAUAAAAAACACAGCUCGGCGACUGCGUUUUUUCGCACCUUUGCCCCACCGUCGGCAUUGCGAAAGGUGGGGAGGUCCCGCUGACGGAACAGACGCUCGGGAAGGCGUUUUCCUACCUUCCGAUCUACUUCGGCCCCAACGAGCGGUUUCCGAAACAGCGCGUCGGGCCGCUGAUCAAGCAGGUAUUGGACGACAUACAGAACCAAAAAAGCAAAAACUUCUUUCUCUACUCAGGCCACGACACGGGCCCGCUGGCGCCGAUGCUCGGGGCCCUGCAGGCGAAGUUGACGUUUGACUGGGUGUGGCCGCCGUUCGCCAGUUACAUCAACUUCGAGUUUACCCUAUGCAUUGCAAAUAUAAUGUCUGGGUCUGGGAGAUUGAUGCGAGGUUUGUCAUUCUAUCCUGGGAUGACUCGUCUGGACACUGUGUUGCGUGGUCGCAAAGAGCUGCUCUUGCCUGUCAUGCGAAAGCGCUGUUUGUCAUCAUGCGGAGUACGCAACUCAGCACCACGGAAAAACUUGUCAAAUGCUUGGAGAGUGCUCACCUCUUCCCUUCCUUGCAUUACAAGUAUCCAGACCCAGACAUAUUUGCAAUGCAUAUACCCACGACGGGUUUGCGCGGGUGGUCUACGCCGGGAAGGUGUUGGAGACACCGUUUUGCCGGGGGGAAGACGGCGACGGCGAAACCGGGAUUUGUCGGACCCGGAAUUUUUUGGCCGGGCUGCUGUAUCAACUGCAUCAAAUAUGUCUGGGUCUGGAAGAUUGCAAGUUUUUUCUCAUGCUUUUGUUCUCGCAUGGGCAUGUAUCUAAAUUCUCUGAUACGAGGGCAGGACAAGAGGCUCUUGCCUCUCAUGCAAAAACGCAGCCUUCAAUGCGCAACACGGAUCACAUAGAAGCCCAAAAAAUUUAUAAUGCUUGGCUGUGUAUUGCAGUGCGCAUAUCUUUGUCUUUUGGCAUUACAACUUUCCAGACAGCCAGACAUGUUUGCAAUGCAUAUGCUGUCCCUCGUACCAACGGACGAGGACUGCCGAGUCGGGGACGAUGUUAUGAGAGUGCACAACUCCCCCUCCCCCUCAUUUGUAUUGCAUGAACAGCAAUACAAGCGUCAGCAAGAAUACAGGUUUCGCAUGACACACCAGGAGUGUAGUGCUAAUUGGACUGCCAGAACUUGCCAUGCAAACAGUACCAAGAGGCAAAGCUGGAGUUAGGUAUUUUGCAUGACAAACGAGGAAGAGGGGGAGUUGUGCAAUCUCAUAGAUGUAGAGGCUCUUGCAGAUCAUGAACACGACGAGGAGGAGCAGGAGCUGGUAGAGGUGGACGGGGAGGCUACAACGAAUAGACCAUGUGAAGAAGAUGAAGGAGGACAGGAAAAAGAGCCAUCCAGCGAAGAUGACGGUGAGUUCAAUAGCCACAAGCUGUACCGAAAAUUGCUGGAACAGUACCACGAGAAUCUAGAGAAGGGAAUCCAGGGACCACAAAUGGAGACGGAUUCGAAUUCCACGGGGAGAAGUAAAGAAUCGCAAACCAGAACAGACGGGGGUCGUGGUGCCGGGAGUAGUGAGAGUGCAAGAAACUACGAGCGAGGGGCACAACAAGGCAUCUAUCGCGACGAUGCAGAAGAUGAGCACGAGGAGCCGGAGGUCUUGUAUCAGUGAAUUAAUUCUGGAAUCACAUGACUUUGAUUGAAGUUGAACUUGAAAUAAAAAAGCGGGAUGGGAAGAGGAUGGUGCGGAUAUUUCUUGCAAAAAGGCGUGCUUCUGUGAUUUGUUCUUCUCCAGUUGUUUGAAGCCACUACGAAGUGAAAUCGACGGAGACUGAUGUAGUUGCCGUGCGACUACAGAUGCUGAACAUCAAGAACGG